AUGUCGCUCCGCGGCGUGGAGCGCUCCGCUGCUCUCUGCGCGCUGUGGCGAGCCAAGGUGGUGCAGCUCGCCGUCGGGUGUGACACCCGUGCAGCGCGCUUGGAACUUCCUGGGGUGCGUUUCUUCGAGGUGGACACCCGCCGGGUUGCUGAAUUCCGCGAAAGGUGGAUGCCACCUGCCGCAGUGCAACUGGGCGUGGACCUGGCCAAGCCGGAGCAUCUAUCUCCCACGCUGGUUGGCGCGGGCUUUGACGUGCACUGCCCGACGGCCUGGAUCUGCGAGGGCCUCCUGGAGUACCACGACCCUUGCUUCGGCGAGCGGCUGUUCGCGGCGCUGCCGCAGGGCGCGGAGCAACAGCUAGUGUUGACUGUGCUGGAUAUCAACUGGUUGCGCUUCCUGGAGAAGGAGCAUGCCCAGAAGCCAGUGCGGAUGGCAUGGAGGCCCAGCCGGCUGCCGGCGCUGGCCUGGCACCGGGCGCUGCUGAAGCGCCAGGGGUGGCGAUUGCAGCAAGCCCUCAGCGAGCUGAGGCCUGCUGCGCCGCAAGCGGCUGCGCCCGAAGCGGACAGCCUUUUCCAUCUGCUGGUGGCCUCAAGAGGAGAAAAGGAGGAGAUGCGCGCUGCGGGAUGGGCCCUGCCCGAGAAAGGGGGCCGCUGGGAUGGCUUCCUCGGUGGCCGCGAAGGCCAGGGUCGCCUUGGCCGCCUGGGCCAGCCUGGCCGCAGCGAUGCCGCGCUUUUGCCGGCAAAGCGUGGGCGUUGGAGGUUGAAACAGGGCCCAGGUUCUGAGGAAUGCCGAUCGGGGAAUCCUCACUUUGGCCGCCUGUAUGCUCCGAACGGCUUUGAGCCAUGGGAGCCGUGUCCUGGGAGCCCUGGCGAUGUAUAG